GACGCAAUCAAUCGACGCUGUGGGCAAAGCUUUCAUUUAACAAUAACAUUCAUUGGGAAAUCCAUUUCAAUUACAAUGAUUGGUCGCAUGGGCAAGAUGUUGCCCACCAAUGGCAACUGGAUCCCGGAGUCGCGUCGCUUUCCGCAGGACGUGCUGGCCGACAUGCUAGAAGGACUGUGCCGCGACAUGCCAAACCUAAGCCCCAUGGAGUGCCAGGCGCUUGACACACUGCAAGUCAGAUGUAUGGCGAAGCUGGCCAACCGCCAGCCGGAAUCGAAUCCCCUACCGCCAGUGCCAAAGAAGCCCCGUCGCCAGGUAGAGAAAAACACUCUGCAGCAGCAGCAAGAGGAGCGCGAGGAGCACUGCAUCUACGAUGUGGACGACAGCGAGAUGGUCAGCAAUCGCAUCUACAUUCCGCGAUUGCGUGCCACUUGGAAACUCCGGCACUUCGACAUCGUAAUGCCCGCCUUUGUUAUCAAGCAGGGCCUAUUGAAUAAGCACUUUCACUGGGAGAUUCUCAACAAGAUCAUGGAAAUCCCCGACGCUGAGGGCCAAGCCGAGUUCCAGAAAUUUGUGGACGAAGUGGUCACGAAGUUGUUACCUCGGAGGAAAUCUACUCCUCGAAGAGGUUAAUGUAGAGGCUUAAGCCAAACUAUUUUUAGUUGAAUUUGUUAUAAGCAUUAAUAGUAAUAGUUAUAGACAUACCAACGCCAUUGUAAAUGUUGUUCUACAAUUUAAGUGAUAAGACUUCUACAAACUACAUGUUAGAGUCCAACAUUUAUGUAAUGUUUGUAACAUUCAACCCAAAAAAGAAUCGAUUUUCUGUUGUAAGCGUGUAUCAAAAAAUGCCAUUAAGCUAAGCAGGCAAAAACAUUUGUUAACAUUCGAAAAUGUAACCAAUCAAAAUCAAACAUAUAGAGAAGCAAAUGUAUAGCUAAUAAACUAUACGACGGAGACAUGGGUCUCCUGUGGCAAAUCAAAAA